AUGUCGCGGCUGAAGGGAGUAGCUGGGCGGGAUCCCCGAGCGGGGUUCCAAGCUGAGAGGAGAGACCGCGAUGCCUCCGUACCCCAGGGGCUAUUAAAGGCGGCGAGGAAGAGCGGGCAGUUAAACCUGUCGGGCCGCAACCUCAGUGAAGUGCCUCAGUGUGUUUGGAGAAUAAAUGUGGAUAUCCCUGAAGAAGCUAAUCAGAAUCUUUCAUUCAGUGCUACUGAGCGAUGGUGGGAACAGACAGAUUUGACCAAACUAAUCAUAUCAAACAAUAAACUUCAGUCACUUACUGAUGACCUCCGACUCCUUCCUGCACUGACUGUUCUUGAUAUACAUGAUAAUCAGCUGACAUCCCUUCCUUCUGCUAUAAGAGAGUUAGAAAAUCUUCAGAAACUUAAUGUCAGCCAUAACAAGCUGAAAAUACUCCCUGAAGAAAUUACAAAUCUAAGAAACCUGAAGGGCCUAUAUCUCCAGCAUAAUGAACUAACUUGCAUACCAAGGGGAUUUGAACAACUUUCCAACUUAGAAGAUUUAGAUCUUUCGAACAAUCAUCUUACAACUGUUCCUGCUAGUUUUGCUUCUCUAUCCAGGCUGCUGCAACUCAAUCUUUCCAGUAAUCAGCUGAAGAGUUUGCCUGCAGAAAUAAGUGGAAUGAAAAGAUUAAAGCAUUUGGAUUGUAAUUCAAAUCUCUUGGAAACUAUACCUUCUGAAUUGGCUAGCAUGGAAUCACUAGAAUUGCUUUAUUUGCGGAGGAAUAAAUUACGUUUUCUACCGGAAUUUCCUUCUUGUAAAUUAUUAAAGGAAUUACAUGUAGGUGAAAACCAGAUUGAAAUGUUGGGGGCAGAACACCUUAAGCAUCUGAAUUCUAUCCUUGUGCUAGACCUGCGAGAUAACAAGUUAAAAUCUGUUCCAGAUGAAAUUACACUCCUGCAAUCUUUGGAAAGGCUUGACCUAAGCAACAAUGAUAUUAGUAGUCUGCCCUGUUCAUUGGGAGAACUUCAUUUGAAAUUCCUGGCACUAGAAGGAAAUCCUUUGAGAACAAUUCGAAGAGAAAUUAUAAAUAAAGGAACCCAAGAAGUCUUAAAAUAUCUACGAAGCAAGAUUAAAGAUGAUGGACCUAGCCAAAGUGAUUCUGUUACUGAGACUGCCAUGACACUACCAAGUGAAUCUAGAGUCAAUGUACACGCCAUCAUCACAUUAAAAAUAUUAGACUAUAGUGAUAAACAAACAACUUUGAUUCCUGAUGAAGUGUUUGAUGCAGUAAAAAGUAACAUUAUCACUUCUGUUAACUUCAGUAAGAAUCAGCUAUGUGAAAUUCCCAAAAGGAUUGUGGAACUGAAGGAAAUGGUUUCUGAUGUCAAUCUCAGUUUUAAUAAGCUUUCCUUUAUAUCCUUGGAAUUAUGUAUGCUUCAAAAAUUAACUUUUUUAGAUCUGAGGAAUAAUUUUUUAAAUUCUUUGCCUGAAGAAAUGGAAUCAUUGAUAAGACUACAAACAAUCAACCUUUCCUUUAAUAGGUUCAAAAUACUACCUGAAGUUCUGUAUCGAAUUCCCACACUUGAAACAAUUUUGAUUAGUAACAAUCAGGUUGGGUCUGUGGACCCUCAGAAAAUGAAGACAAUGGAAAAUCUGAUUACCUUGGACCUUCAAAAUAAUGACCUCCUACAAAUUCCACCAGAGCUUGGUAAUUGUGUGAACUUAAGGACAUUGCUACUAGAUGGAAAUCCGUUCCGCGUUCCUCGAGCAGCCAUAUUAAUGAAAGGAACAGCUGCUAUUCUGGAAUAUUUGAGAGACCGAAUUCCUACUUAAAUUGGAGUUGUUACAUAAUCUUGGUCAUGUUAAUUCUUAGAGUUCUUAAAUUGAUAACUAACAUAUUUCUAAGGUAUCAUGUACAUUUAUAAUGGUGUAACCACAUAUAGCGUUCAUACAUUUGCUCUGAAUGUUUUGCAUAAGAUUUAUCCUCACUUUCAUUCCCUUAUAACACAGCAAACAGUUUCUUCAAAAGUGAAUUUUUAUUUAUCAUAGUUUAAUAUUUUUAUAAUGACAAAGCAUUGUUGUAGAGAUGGGUAUUUUUUUCCCAUUUCUGUUUGUGU